AUGACAGAUCAAGGAGAGGAGAUAACCGAUACAGGAAAGGCUGAUACUACUGAAACAGUGGAAGAUGUGGAGACGGGAAGAAAGCCCAGAGAAGAGGAGGCACAAGAGGGUUCCAGUGGUACACAUAGAAGAAGUAAAGUACGGAAAGAACCAAGGAAAAAAACCUUUGAGAGAUCUCAUUCAAAGCAAAGAUCGAAAAGGGGAGAGAGCCCCUUGAAGGAGGACACCCAACUGAAGAGAAGGGUGAGCUCAGAGGAAGAGAAGUCAGAUGAAGGGCAGUCGAGUGUUGAUUUCCCUGCAUCUUAUCUAACUCAAAUAAAGGCCAUAAAGGAGGCUUUGAAGACGACAGUGGCUGAUAAUACAGCCAUAGUGAAAGUUAUGCUUGUUCCUGUGGAACAGACAAUUACGUUUACUUAUAAACUUGGUGUAUUGUUACGACAACUCAAGGAACAGUUUUCAACUCUCUUAAACAUACCAAUUAAACAUCUGCAAUUCAUUCAUGAAGGUAAACCUGUAAAAGCUUCGGAAACCUUAAUGCAUCUUGGAGUUCAGCCAAAUGAGAGUGUAAAAUUGGAAUUAGUUUCCUUAAAUCCAAAUCGCUAUCCAAUGAAGCCAUUGUAUCGAAAAAUACAGGGUGUUCAUGAUGUAAUAACAGUCAGAGUACAAUCUGGUACUCAAUUGUACCAAGAUAUAACUGUUGAGAUUGAAAGACUUGACUUCAAGAAGCCAUUUCUGGGUGGAUUCAGACAUAAACUAACAGGGACAGAAUAUCAUAAUGCAGGGACACAAACAGUACCCAAAAAAGUGCCUGAAAAGCUCAACAUCUUUUCUAGAGAAACCCAGACAAUCAGUGAGAGAAAAAAGCUUGUAGCAACUACAAGUAGAACAUCUACCCAAAUGACUAAAAUUGGCGUGUAUGUGUCUAAUAUGACUGAUAAACUGCUAACUCCAGGAGAAUAUUUUACAGCAGCCCAGUACCAUGCACGAAGAUUGGCAGCAGUAAUAGUGCUACAAAAAUAUUACCGACGGUGGCAUGCCAUAAAUGUGGUAAAUGAAUUAAAAGAACAAAAAAGAUUGAGGUUGGAGUGGGAGGAACAAGAAAAAUUAAGAAAGGAAAGGCUAAAGCAAGAGUGGCUGCAAAAAGAUUACGAACGGAGAAUAAAUCCAUACUCAAUUGAUGACUUUGAACUUCUUUUUCAUUCCUUGGAACUCUGGAGGCAAGAACAACUCAAUAUUAUUGAUCAAAAUUAUACUGGGGCUAAAAGGAAAGCUGCUCUAUGUGAACUUUUAGAAAAAGAAACAGAAAUAAUUGCUUCCAUUGGGAGACAAAGAAAGCAUGCUAACGAUAAGAAGUAUGAAAAGUCAGUAGUCACAUUCUUGCAAAAGUGUUCAGCUCCAAAGAAGUGGGUAUCAUUUGAUAAGAAUGAAACCUAUAUGGAUACACAAUAUACUAUCAGAGCCAGAGAACUACAAGAUAUUUAUAAUUGCAUUAUAAUUAAAAACAUCUGUGAAGAUGAGAGACUAGAUGUGCUGUUAACACUGAAACACACCGUAAAGGAGCAUGAAUGUAAACUGACCCAGGACAUAUUAGAAUUAAUUGACCGAGAAGUUGAUCUUAUGAUGAGAGGAGUUAAAAGCUGUAAUCUUGAAGGACUCAGAAAAAGAAUAGCUACAUUAUUUCUUCAGUACAUUAAAACACCCUUGUUUAAUCCUGAAGUUGCCAGAUACCUUAAGGUUCCGCAAGAUCCAUCAAAGUUUUAUAAAAGUAUUUACUUCUGUCGUGGUUGUGAGAUGUAUUUGCCAUCCACAGAAUUUGCCAUUUCAUCUACUUCCUACCAUGUUAGCAGAUGUCGCCAGUGCUGUAGACUCGACAAUGAAGCCCGACAGCGUGAAGCAUUUUUGAAAUAUAAGCUUUUGCUCAAACAGCUCUAUCAGGCAGAGGCUGAUUAUGAAGAUGACUCUAAGAUUGCUUACCUGAUGCAGCUCCAAGAUCUCCAGUACCUGAUUGAGAACAUUUGGGCUUCCCAGUCAGCCCUUAGUGCCUGGGAUGAUCUCUACGACUUGGUCACUGUUAGAUGGGACAAAGGAAAGGAAUGGGCUCCUUGGAACUGUAUUCUCCUAACUAAAGAUGAAGCCUCUGCUCAUCUCAAGAUGAGAACCAUUGAAGAGGGAUAUGAACCAGUGUUUAUUCACAGGAUCAAACACAAGCACAUUCUGGCUAGGAACUAUUUUUCUGAGAUUCCAAUGAUGGCUGCAUUUUUACAUCAGGAACAUCGAAUAAAGAAGGAACAGGUAGUGGAAGAAGAAGAUGAUGAAUACGAAGAUGAGCUACAUCCAAAAGAAAUCCAAUAUGAAACACAGAUGUCUGUAAUGCUCCCACCCAUAGUUCCUAAUACAAACAUGUAA